CACACAGUUUGAAGUUGACAGCUGUCGAAGCCAGCCAGCUGGACUUGGGCAAAAGUUUGAAUCUUUUUAUUUCGCGUUAUUUUACAAGUUUGUGAAUGCAGUUAGCUUUAUUUAAAAUAAACUUUACACAAAAUUCAGUGCUGCACAUAUAAAACUAGUCAAAAUGGCGCAAGCAGCAAGUGCACCGCCGAAAGAGCGGUAUAUUCCGAAUGGAUUGAAAUUUGCCUUUGGUGGCCUUGCUGGAAUGGCGGCAACCUGUGUUGUGCAGCCCCUCGACCUGAUAAAGACACGGAUGCAGCUCAGCGGUGGGGGCAGGUCGUCCUUCGCUGUGGCCGGAGAGAUUGUAGCCAGAGAGGGCUUCUUCAACCUGUACACAGGACUCUCCGCUGGCCUGCUCAGACAAGCCACUUACACCACUACAAGACUCGGAGUGUACAAUUAUCUGUUCGAUGCCUACAAAGAGAAAAACGCUGGCGCCGCGCCAGGUUUCGGCACCAAAACUUUGUUAGGGGUUGCUGCUGGCUCCAUCGGGGCGUUCGUGGGGACUCCGGCGGAGGUGGCCCUCAUCCGCAUGACGGCGGACGGCCGGCUGCCUGCUGAACAGAGGAGGAACUACAAGAACGUCGCCGACGCACUUAUCAGGAUAGUGAGAGAGGAAGGAGUGCUGAAGCUAUGGCGUGGGGCCACACCCACCGUUGGGCGAGCCAUGGUGGUCAACGCGGCGCAGCUUAGCACAUACUCGCAGGCGAGAGAGAUAUUCGUAGCGUACGUGCCGGACGGCAUCUUCCUUCACUUCUGCGCCUCCAUGGUGUCCGGCCUGAUCACCACCAUCGCCUCCAUGCCAGUGGACAUCAUCAAGACUAGAAUCCAAAACGCGGCCAAAGGUCAAAGCCAGUUAGGCGUGGUGACGAACCUACUCCGCAACGAGGGCGUACUGUCUCUAUGGAAGGGCUUUCUGCCUUACUACGCUCGUCUCGGCCCGCACACCGUGUUGACUUUCAUAUUCCUGGAGCAAAUGAACGCUGCGUACUUCAAGUACACAUAGACUGGACUAUACAGGGUGAGUCGGGGUUGCCAAGAUUAAAAAAUGAUUUUAAAAUUUUUUUUUAGAGUUGCUGUUUCACGAAGUGCUCAAAUUUUUGGAAUAUUAAAAUUUGUAGAAGUCAAAAUUGUACAGCUAAUGUUAAACAUUUUUAGGAAAUGACAACAUUUCUGCAACUAAAAUACUGUUAUAGCCUAAAGCGUAAUCAAAACGCUGACGUUUGUGUAUGUAUAUCUGUCUGACACAUAUCAAAGAUAAUGUGAUACGAUAGGAUAUUCGUUUGAUAUUUCAGUCAGACUAAAUAUUGAACAUUUUGGAUGCUUUUACUACGUUAUCUGAUAACGAUAUAAAAGUGUUGCCGAACGGAUUACAAUAAUCGUUGGGUUAACAUUUUUCUGCCUGCCUUAAAUUAAAAUGUAAGUUGUGAAAUGUGAUGCAGCCCUGUAUCGAGCAAGCAGCAAUUUGAACGUUGGCAACCCUAUGCUAAGAUUUGAAGUGAACAUAAAUUUGGAUUGAGACGUCCUUUUAAUAAUAUUUAUACCAUAAUAUGGUUUUACUAGCAGAAUCUAAGCUGGUAAUGAAUUCUCUCCCAUAAUUUUCGGGAUUCAAAUAAGUUUGACACUCCUAUGACACUGCAUAGAACGCUGUGCCUUUAUAAGUAUACAGGGAUGCUGAUAUAAUGUGAAUGGGUAGACAUAUUUGAUCAUUUUGCUUAGUCUAUGACAUAUGCAUGAAGUGACAAGCGUCUCAGUGUUGCCUGUUCAUAAUUUAUUUCGAGGUUGUUUUAGAAUUCCGAAACAAAACUAUCCGAUGACGAAAAUAUAUUUAUUCUCAUGAAAUGUUAAAAUGUGUACAUGUAAAGUGUUUCGUACAUUCGUAGAAUGUCACAAAUGAAAAAAAAAUGCGUAAAAAUGUCAAUAAGUUGCUAAAAAGCUUGCUCAAGCAAAAUUAAACUAUAAACGACCAAAUCAAAAAAUAAAAUAUACACAUCUUGAACUGUUACAGCUUUUUUUUAGUUCAAAGUAAGAUUACAUGUAAGUACUACAUUUUUGUUAUCUAUGAGUAUAUUUUUUAAUUAUUUAAUUAAAAUCUUUUCUACAUAAUAUCUGAUUUAUAUUUGUUGCUGUCUAAUAAAUUUAUUUUUAAAUUUUUUCAAUAUUUAUUUAGAGAGAUAAGAUUUUCAAUAAAUUAUUUAGAGAGAUAUCUAUACUGUAUAAGUGAUACUUAGAGUUUAAGAGUUAUUUUUUUAUUUUAUUCAUCUAAAUAUACUAUGUAAUAUAAUAUCUAUAACUUAUGUACUCCUGAUGUGUAUAUUUUAUUUGAAACUAUUAUUGCUGUGUGCUUAUGUGAUGAAAUAUGUUUGCUUACAAUUGUUAGUCGAAUAUGGAGUGCCAAAAAUAAAUAUUCUUUCAACCUUUCUAAUAUACUUAAACAUUCUUCGUACAUAAUAAAAUAACGCUAUAAUAAAAUAUUUAUUAACGUAUCUGCCGAAAUAUUCCAUAUGAUUUUUGUUCGAUUAAAAUGCACUAUUUUUUAAUUUCUGUUGUUCCAUUCAUAAAUAAGUAACUUUAUUUAUUAAUUUUAGAUUCUCUUUAUUGUCAUGUACAUUCGUACCUAUUUAAUGUAAUGAUUAAUACCAGAUUUGUACAAAUAUAUACCAUUUUGGAUGUGUUUACAUUAUACUAACUUAACUAUAGCAUAGUUAAGAAUAAGUUGUUUCAAAAGACCUGGCAUGAGAAAAUGACUGAAUAAAUAAGCAUGUUGGCUGAUUGACAUUUAUCUUCUGUCAAAAUGGUUUGUGACGUCACUGUUUUAAUGUCAACUGACCGAGCCAUUGAUGAUUGCGUAGCUAAUGUGACAUAAUUUUCUAAAAUUAAUGAAUUUAAAAAAAUACCUAUUUAACUGCAAUGUCACUGGCUGGAUCCACGCUUUCUUUAUAAAUAUUCGAGUACAAAUUUUAAAUGGCAACACAAAUAAGGGGAUUCCCUGUAAAACUGUUUCUCUAUGGUAGACAAUAACGUGCCGAUUCUAGGCUUGAAUUUGGAACCAUUUCAAAUUCAAAUUUGAAACAAUACUGUCAUUUUGACAAAUGAAAUUGACAUCGUCCGUUGGUUUUGUGCCAGUUCUUUUGAUCAAAAUGAUCUUUAAUCGGUAUAAAUAAGUAAAUUGAUGGGAAAUCUAUCGAAGCACAAUUUGUAAUGUUCUAUGUUAUGUAAUGUAGCAUGCAUUUUAGAAUGUAUUUUUGUUUUUGUAAGGAUUUGUAUGGCGAUUUUGUUUAGUUGGGAUAAAAUAUUUAAAGGUAUUUAUUAAUUUAAAUAGUUUAUAUGUUUCUCGUCGUUUACAGUGCUUAUUCCAUGUGAUAUCAUGUUGUAUAUUAUAUAUUUUUAUAGAAGCUAUUUUAUUAUGAUUUGUGACUAACAAGAGAGGAAAUUUGCAAAGUUGAAGGCAAGUUAUUAAAGAUUUUUGUUUUGAA